GAUUAUCUGUGGUGCCAUUGAGUAUCAGUGUGAAGACGACGCGAAGAGAAGCAGAAAGAAAGAAAGAAAGAAAGAACGGAGCUUGAAAUCAAGUUGUUGGGUUCGGUCCCCAGAGGCACGGAGUCGAUGCGACCAGCCGUGACCCACGCUGCCGGCGCCCCACUUGCUUCCGUCGCCGUUCGACUCUACCACCUCCGACUGAAGAACUCGUCCGGCACUCCUUCCGCGUAUUCUGCUCCGACUGGCAACACAGCACCAUCUCACCUUCACACCGAGACCGGCUGCCAUCCUUGUGCUUCAACCCAUCUCAACUCACUCUCUUAUCACUCCUUCAUAGUUUCCCACUAGCAAUGGCGCCAACCCAGCUCCCGUCAUCGGGGAACCCACUAGUCUUUUUCGACAUCACACUUGGAGGCGAACCUCUGGGGCGCAUAACUUUCGAGCUCUUCAAGGACGUCGUCCCCCGCACGGCAGAGAACUUUAGACAGUUCUGCACCGGCGAAUCUCGCAACAGCCGCGGCCUACCUCAGGGCUACAAGGGGAGCAGAUUUCACCGCAUCAUCAGCGGCUUCAUGCUCCAGGGCGGCGACUUCCUCAACGGGGACGGAACGGGCAGUAUUUCCAUCUACGGCACGAAAUCGUUUGCCGACGAGAACUUCAACCUGAAGCACACCGAGAAGGGCCUGCUCUCCAUGGCAAACUCUGGCCCAAACACAAACGGCUCGCAAUUCUUCAUCACCACAGUACCCACGCCACACCUGGACGGCAAGCACGUCGUCUUUGGCAAGGUCGUCCAGGGCCUCGAUAUCGUCGAGAAGCUUGAAAAGACAAAGACUGGCAGGCGCGGACGGGAUGUGCCUGAUCUCGACGUCAUUGUCGCCCAGUGCGGUGAGAUGUAGGAGAGGCGCCGCAAGAUGGUUACGGCCAUCUGAGGGAGUCAUGUCGAUACAGGGGACACACGGAAAGGUGACGGGUGA